AUGCCACGGCGCCGUCUGCCAUGGUGGUGCCCCAUUGUGUUUGCUGUCCACCUGCUUUCCUGCACAGCCCCGUCAGCGUUUGCAGCUGACAAGGUGGGGUUGCGAACACGGGUGUUCGUGAAGAGAACAUGUUUGGGCGAAACCCAGAGAAAUCAAACGCCGGAAUGGGCGUCCACUCUACCGGCAGCACGCUCAUCACCUCUGCUGCUUGAAACGCUUGCGACAGCCGUCCCUGCGCUGCAGCUGGAUGGCCCGCUGUCUCAGGCUAUUGAGGCGCUUGCAGACGGCCACUCAGUGUUGCGAACUUCCUCCCAACCAGAGCGGAAAACAGCACUGGUGGUGCUGUUAGCCAGCAGCGGCAAGGGCAAGACGCGCUUCCUGUACGAGCUGAACGAGCGACUUCAGCAGAAGAACCGGGCAAUGUGCAUCCCAAUCACCUUCAACGGUCAGCAAAACCUGGACUUCGAUUCUGACGCAGUAGAAACUUUGACGGCACAGCCAAGACAAAGAGCACUCGUGCAUGUGGUGUUACGGCUGCUCCACGCAACGUUUGAAAUCGAUGAUCUGCAAAAGUUUGCAGAAUCUUUUUGCAAGAGCCUCAAGGCCGCCAAUGUGCCUCUGACCGCGUCACUGCUGCGUGAGGUGGUGGCAGUGUGCUCAGAAACGCGUGAGGACAUCAAGAAUGUGACCAUCCUCGUGGAUGAAAGUGGCCGCUUGCCAAAGUUGCUGAACAUGCCAAGAGGAGACGGAGACGAGUUCUCGGCCCUGCGCUCCUUGUGCACGACCGCAGGCGUUAAUAGUCUGGGAUUUUCUGUGAUGGUGAUGCAAGCCGGCCUCGGCGACUUUGCCGAGCAGACCGUCAGCCAAAGAGAUGUGAAGGUCAUUGCGCUACUGGAGCAGGAAGUUGAGGACGCCCUGCAGAAUUGGGUGCUCUACGAGGCGGAGUCCCAAGACAGUGUCCAGCGCUGGGCAAACAGCAUUGCAGAACUUUGCAGGGACGGUCUGCGGACAGAGGCCAACACAGAAAAAAUCAUCAAGAAGCUGGUGCUGAAGCCUCUCGUUGUGGAGUACGUGCCCCUGGCUCGUGGCUUGGAAUACCUGACUGAGGCCGUGAAACAGUUUGACGUCUCGGACGCAGGGCCCAUCGCUACCGAGCCAGAGUUGGGUUCGAGAAUCCGUCAAGUUGGCCUCAAGCUUCGAGACUUGGUGGAUGGAAAUCUCAACGUGAGGUACAGCAUCGUGGCGCAGCGCCUGACGCCCGCAGUCCUGGCUCCAGCCAUCCUUCCUUCUCAUCGCUUGCUGGUGAGUCUCGAGCAGGAGAUUGGUGGCCACCGUGUCUCAAAGCUCCUGUCAGAGGCUGCGUACUCUAACACGCUUGAAGAGCUUCGCCCUGAUGCGGUGUUCCUCCCCAAGAUCGUGCCGGCCUUCUUGCGCCAAGCGGCUCAGCAGCAGUCUGACCUGCAUUAUCUUCUGGCCUGGUGGGAGGAGUUGGAAGAAGUGCUGAAGGCACAGGCUAGCGGCACCACAGGCGCUGGGAAGUUGCUGGAUGUGGGCGUCCGGCUUUGGACCUACACCAUUCUGCUGGCGCUGCAUAGAUGUGAGUUGAAACCAGAGGACCUUACCUUGGCCGACAUCUUCCCACAUUGCAUGACGCAUGACGGACUGGAGGCAGCGGUCUACAAGAUGCAAAUUCCUACAGCAGUGACCCUAAUGGCGUUGAGGAAGCCUCUGAAUUCCUCUGCGUCCACGAGAAUCCUGCACUUUGCUGUGGAUGAGGCUCGAGAGGGUGCGGCUACAGUACUAAGCAUGGCUGAUGGACAGGCUGGCGUGGACUCUGUUGUGGUGUUGCCUUUGCCACGAGGGAAGGGCCUUCCAUCCGAAACUCGAAAAGAUCAAGAUGUUCGGCUUGCCCUGCUUUACAUCACUCAUGACGAGCUUGUUAACAAGGCACGCGUGCUGGAGCAGAAGAGGAACUCCACCGUCCUGCGCGACUGUAACAAUUCCAGUCAUGUGGUGAAUCUGUUGUUGAUGGACAGGUCUGGCCUGAAAUCCUUCUUUGGGCCUUUGUGGCCUUUGUAUGCUCAAGUGCGCUACGGCACGAGCAAAGGAUGA